AUGGGCUCUCUUCUCACCAGGACUGGCGUCCUGCCAUGGCUCCAGGCCAAGAUUGUUGAUCCCGUGCUGCAGGUCAUCAGAAGGGGAGCAGAACCCAAGCAACUGGCCUUCUCUGCCGCCCUUGGUGUCACGAUUGGGAUCUUUCCAAUAUGUGGGACCACUGUUAUUCUUGGUGCUGUUGCUGUAGCAAUGUUGGGAAGUCGUUGCAAUGCUGUUACUGUUAUGGUUCUAAAUUUGGCCGCCACUCCAAUUGAGCUAAGCUUGAUCGUCCCUUUCUUGCGUUUGGGGGAAACCAUCACUGGCAGUGGGCACUUCCCCUUAACAGCCGACGCAUUGAAGAAUGUUCUCACUGGUCAUGCAUCAAAGGAUGUGCUACUGAGCAUCGUCCAUGCGAUGCUGGGUUGGCUUAUUGCUGCGCCAUUUGUACUGGUCGUGCUGUACGCUGUUUCGUUCCCUUGUUUCAAGGUCCUGGUCAACAGGUUUGGCGGCAUUCCUUCGAGCCCCAGGACCCCAAUCAAGGCGGUGUAA